UAGAGGGGGAAAUGUCAAGCUGUGUCAAAGAGGAAGUGUCACAGAAGUAGCAGCUCCUCUGCUUAGAAGAGUUCCGGGAUCUAAAUAAGGACAGUCCACAGGACUUCAGAAGUGCAGCUAAAUGGAUCUUCGUGACUAUCAGUGGGAAGUCAUUGAGCCUGCUCUGGAGGGCAAAAAUAUCAUCAUAUGGCUUCCAACCGGUGCAGGAAAGACCAGAGCAGCUGCUUAUGUCUGUAAGAGGCACCUGGAGAGCCUAGAAAAGAGCAAGGUGGCUGUGUUAGUCAACACGGUUCCUCUAGUGGACCAACACCUAAAGAAUGAGUUCAGCUUCCUUCAAGAUCACUUCAAGAUAACAGCCAUCAGUGGUGACAGCACUGAGAAGAUGUUCUUCUCGGACGUGGUGAAAGGCUAUGACUUGAUCAUCUGUACAGCAAAGAUCCUGCAAAAUGCUCUCAGUAGCCAAGAUGAGGAGAUGCAUGUGGAGCUGACAGAUUUCUCAUUACUGGUGAUUGAUGAAUGCCACCACACUCACAAAGAAACCACCUACAACCAGAUUAUGGAGGACUACCUGGAGCGUAAGCUGAAAGGGCAACAGAAUUUGCCACAGAUCCUGGGGCUAACAGCCUCACUAGGAACUGGAGGUGCUAACUCCCUGAAGGGAGCCCAGGACCACAUCCUGCAAAUCUGUGCCAACCUGGAUGCUGAAAAAAUAAUGUCAUCUGAAAAGUACAAGUUAUACCUUGAAAAACAUGUCCCGCAACCCAAGAAGCAGUAUAAUGUGUCUCUACCAAGAUUUCAGGAUCCCUUUGGAGAAAAGCUCAAGAAAAUAAUGACUGAAAUCUAUGGUUAUCUGGAGGUGUUGAAGUUGACUACAAAGUUUGGUACCCAGAUCUUUGAGCAGCAAAUUGUGGAGCUUGAGAAGGAAGGAGCAACACGUUUUUGCCAAAAGACCCGAGUGUGUGCCUCGCAUCUCCGUAAAUACAAUGAUGCCCUGCUGAUCAAUGAUACUCUUCGCAUGAUUGAUGCCUUCAACAGCCUGGAUGAGUUUUACCAGCUGGAAAAAACUAUGAAGGAUUUGCAGCAUCCAGCAGAGCGUUACCUGGUCCAGCUCUUUGACGGGAACAGGACACACCUUUUGGCCUUAGCUCAAAAUGAGAACUAUGAGAAUCCCAACCUUGCUGUGCUGCAGCAAGUCCUCCAAGACCAUUUCCAAGAAGAGAAGAGCUCACGGGGUAUUGUGUUCAGCAGGACCCGCCAGAGUGCUCAUUCCCUUCACCAGUGGGUGCAAGAUAACGAGGCUUUUCGUGAACUUGGGAUCAAACCUGGUGUCCUGACAGGGGCUGGCUAUAGCAGCCACACAAAACACAUGACACAGCAAGAACAACAAAAUGUCAUCCAACAUUUUCGCAAGGGAGCGCUCAAUUUACUGUUCUCUACCAGUGUAGCUGAGGAGGGCCUGGACAUCCCCGAAUGUAAUAUUGUGAUCCGUUAUGGGCUGAUGACAAAUGAGAUUGCCAUGAUGCAGGCCAGGGGCCGUGCCCGUGCCCCAGAGAGCACCUACUCUGUUUUGGCCAAGGCUAACAGCAAGGAGGUGGCCCGAGAAAAGCUCAAUGAGACUCUAGAGAGCUUGAUGAAUAAAGCUAUUGCAUCGGUGCAGCAGAUGUCUGAGGAAGAAUAUCGCCUGAAGAUUGCAAAGCUUCAGCAUGAAGCCAUUGUCAUCCGUAGGGUGCGAAAUGCUGGACGUAAGCAGCAACGCCAGCUCCAUGAUCCCGGCAAUGUGCUCCUGUACUGCAUCGGCUGCAACACAGCAGUCUGCCAUGGCAGUGACCUGCGCAAAAUCGAGAAUAUGCACCAUGUGAACAACAAUCCCAGCUUCAGACUAUACUACAGAGCAUCAUUUGGCCAUGUGGCAGUUCCUCGCCAAUUCAAGGACUGGAAGCCAGGCAGCUCCAUCAGCUGCAACAAAUGUGGGCAGCCUUGGGGAAUGGAGAUGAUUUACCGUGAAAUCACACUUCCUAUGCUUUCCAUUAAAAGUUUUGUGGUGGAAACCCCAGGGGACAGGAAGACCUACAAGCAGUGGAGUAAGGUUACCUUUGAUGUGAAGGAGUUUAAUUAUAUUGAUUAUUUGAAUAGUAACUCUUUGCUGGACAUCUAACACUUGAACAACAAAUAGAAAAGAUGUUAAAUUCACUGUUCACUUAACAUGGCCAGUACUUUGCAUCUGUCUGAGAAAUGUCAGCACACAAUUGGAGCAGGCAUCACUGUUUGUUCUCACAGCAACAUUCCGUAGGGUAUGUGAAAGUAUGUGCAUUGUAUAGUUUUGUAUUUGGUACUGUGCUCUUGGAAUGUCUUUAUAUCCAUCAGCAUUAAAUGAUGAAAUCCUGCAAAGAAUGUAAAAUUUCAGUGAGAACCAAGGCACCUAAAAAUAAUUGAAAGCUUUUGGAUUCCAUCACUAGAGCAGUAAUAGUUGCAUCUUCAUCUCUGUGGAAGCUAAUUAUGUGCUUAAAACACAGCGCUUUGUGGAAAGCAGUCGACAUUUGAAGCUUGAUAAAGCCAGUGUUGCUACAGUUGUAUUUUCAUUCCAGCUUUUUAAUGUUUGUCUGUUUUUAAAUAGUAAUACUUGUUUCAGUGGGUAGAAUCUUCAAGUGUUCAUUUAACAUUUGUGUACAUGCUGAGCUAAUUGACAAAAUGCCAGGGAUAUUUUGGUUUUGCAACUGAGUGUGAGAUCAGGAAGGUAGCCAAGCUAUAGCUUGGCAUCUUGCCUGUUUGCCACAGCUAGCUAUGGCAAAUAAUGCAUACCUUAUGGGAACACCGAUAGUACUUCUGUAUUCUCAGCAUUGAAGUGCUUUGUUUUUGGUCCAUUAGUGGGGUCCUGCACUACUUGAAGUGUCUGUCUGGCUCUCCGAAUGGCGGUCAAGCAGGAGCAAAAUAUAUUGCAUGAGUGAAAUCAGAUUUAUAAAAUUAUGAAAUUGUAUUUUAGAGGGGACUGGUUUAAAAGGAUAAGACCCAAUAUAAUGGAUUUAAAUUGCAAGAAAGAAUAUUUCAACUAAGAACUUCCUGACAAUAAGAGUUCUUCAUAAUGGAUGAUUACAUAGCGUGAUGGAGUCUCAUUUCCCGGAGGUUUUAAGCAAAGGUUGGAUGGCCAUCUGCCAGGGAUGCUUUAAUUGUGCAUUUCCUGCUCCAUCAGAGGACUGGACUUCACAAGCCCUGGGGUCUCUACCAGCUCUGCAAGUCUAUGAUUUGUUUGAUCUUAUGGGGUGGAAGAUUCUCAUGCUGUACAAUAUCCUGGGCAUCUCAUGUCAAUCUGUAUUAAUUUCCCCAAGCUGGAUUUGUAGGGACUGUAAUGAUUUGUAUUGUUUUGCUAUACCAUAAUUGGACUGGUAGAUGUAGUUUUCAUUUUCUUAUUAUGCACACUGCCCAGAGUAGUAUUUUUCACUAACUGGGCAGUAUAAACAUCCAAUAAAUGAAUAAAAUAUUAUAGAAAUCUAGACAAUAACGAUUUUUGCAUCUUAAAUCAAAUUUUGUUACCAUUAUGUAAGUAAAUGCUACUCUGUAAAUAAAAGACAUGUUAUAAUUCA